AGGAGAUUGUCAAAGAAAAAUUUGAUUCUUAAUUUUCCGGGUGUACUUUCGCCUAUGGCCAAAUAAUUAAGCUUAUUUCAAUAGUUUAUAACAUUUUUUUAUCACCAGUAUAGAACACAUAAGAGUAAUUCAAGAUUUUGUUAUUUAAUAAUUUCUUGAUGGUUUGACAAAAUUAUUCUUAAUCGGAUUCAAUUAUACAUUCCUGAAUGUUUUGAACAGACUCACUGUUACGUAUGGUCCUUUUAUUUAAUAAAUAACAUUUGUGGGAUAUUCAUAUUACUAUAAUGGUCGAAGAAAAAAGCAACUCAGGCCAAGAAAAGGUAGAGAAAAUUAGUACAAAUUCUGAACAAAAUAAUUCAGGAAAGCAGGGAGAAGCUUGGGGUUAUGAUUUAUAUCCUGAGAGACGUGGUACUUUUAAACCUAAAUUAGGCAAUAUUCUGACUGGAAAAGAAGGCAAAGAGAAUAUUGAGAAAUUAAAAUGUGAGAAAAAUGUAUAUGACUGUGUAAAAAAUAGCUCUAUUGUUAAAGUGAUGAUGGCUGCCCUUAAGAGCUCUGGUUGUCCUAUUGACAUCCGGAGACACAUAUCAUGCGAAGUUUGCGAUUAUUCUGUUAGUGGUGGUUAUGAUCCUGAAUUAAAUCAGAUUGUUGUGUGCCAAAAUGUAUCCACAAGACAAGGAAUGGUGCAAGGUGUUCUGGCGCAUGAAAUGAUUCACAUGUUCGACUAUUGUCGCAAUGAGCUUGAUUUCAAGAAUAUGGAACAUUUGGCGUGCACUGAGAUACGGGCUGCAAAUCUCACCCAUUGUUCAUUUACUAGUGCUUGGUCACAAGGUGAUGCUUCUUGGUCGAGGAUAAAGCAAGCACACCAGGACUGUGUAAAAACAAAAGCAUUAUAUUCAGUUAUGGCUGUACGGCAAAUUGGUAAGAGAGAAGCCGUAGACAUAAUCGAAAAAGUAUUUCCAAAAUGCUAUGCAGAUUUGGAACCUAUUGGUAGGCGAAUAAGGAGGAACUCGGAUGACAUGGUGAGAGCUUUUAAAGAGGCUGCAUAUUAUGGCUAUGAGUAAAUUACAGUUACAUCUGUUUGUAGGUUAGUUGAUAGAUAAUUGUACAUUAUGUAUAUAAUGUUAAUAGUUGAUAUUGAAUAUAAAUAAAACAAACCAAUUGAUUUAAAAUAGUGUCUUUUAUUUAUUAUAAUCCAUAAUUUAAUUAGAUAUUGUCUAAAAUCAUAGCUGUGUAUAAUACUGUCCCCCGUUCUUAGAUUUUUAAAAUUGUUCUAGAAUAAUUCCAUAGGCACGAUAUACGUUACAUUUAUUUAUUGGAAAUUCUUAAAAGGCACUAGUUUUUGUUUACACACAUAUUAUAUAACUAUUUGUAAAAAGGUUUAGAGCUCAUCACAUGCCUAGUGCCAAGGC